AAUAAGAAAACCAAUUUCCAUGGGCUUUCAAUUCAAGAUGCGAAAAGGGUUGUGUUCAAUUCUUUGGUUUAUGAGAGCAAGAGCAGUGGUAUAAGGGUGAUGAAAAGGGGGCUUGAGAUUACAGCCAGAACUGCUGCUGCAAAAAACAUUGAGGUUGAGGUUGACAAGCCGUUGGGACUGACUUUGGGCCAAAAAUCAGGUGGUGGAGUUGUAAUCGCUGGUGUGGAAAAUGGUGGGAAUGCUGCAAAAGCAGGACUCAAAGUUGGGGACCAGGUGCUCUACACCAGCAGCUUCUUUGGCGAUGAACUCUGGCCUGCUGAUAAGCUCGGUUUUACAAAAACUGCCAUCCAGGCAAAGCCUGAUUCUGUCUACUUUGUUGUUAGCAGGUUAAUUUCACGUAUUUGCUAAUUUCCUUUAAUAUUU